AUGUCGAAGGGACGCGUCUGCUUGGCCUACUCCGGUGGUCUGGACACCUCCGGGAAUAUGUCGAUUAUCCUCAAGUGGCUCCUUGAUGAGGGCUACCAAGUAGCCCUGAAGCUUGGUGCUGAGGAGAUGGUCAUCCUUGACUUGCGCCAGGAGUUUGUUGAGCAGAUUGUUUUCCGCGCUGUCCAGUGCAACGCCAUCUAUGAGGACCGAUACCUUCUCGGAACCUCUCUUGCUCGUCCCAUCAUCGCCAGGGCGCAGGUCCGCGUUGCCGAUGAGUACAACUGCGAGUACUUGAGCCACGGCUGCACGGGUAAGGGCAACGAUCAGGUCCGUUUCGAGCUUGCCUUCAAGGCCCUUGCUCCUACCAAGAGCGUCAUUGCUCCUUGGCGUCUCCCCGAAUUCAUCCAGAAGUUCCAGGGCCGUCAAGAUCUCCUCAAAUACGCUGCCGAGAAGGGCAUUCCUGUCAGCUCUACCCCCAAGGCUCCCUGGAGCAUGGAUGACAACCUUGUUCACUGCUCGUACGAGGCCGGUAUCCUUGAGGACCCUGAUCACACUCCCCCAAGGAGCUCUGGACCCGAAAAGUUCACCGUCCACUUUGAGAAGGGUCUUCCCGUCAAGGUUGACGUUGAGGGCCAGGGUCCUAUCACUGGCUCCGUUGAGAUCAUGAACAUCCUCAACAAGAUUGGCCACGACCACGGUGUCGGCCGUGUCGACAUUGUCGAGAACCGUUUCAUCGGCUUGAAGUCCCGUGGUUGCUACGAUACCCCUGGCUUGACCAUCGCUCGUCUUGCCCAUCUCGAUCUUGAAGGUCUUGUCAUGGACUCCAAGGUCCGCGAGCUCCGUGACCAGUUCGCCACCAUCUCGUGGUCUCGCAUGCUCUACAACGGCAUGUACUUCUCUCCCGAGAGGGAAUUCGUCGAGAACUCCAUUGUUUUCGCCCAGCAGAACGUCACCGGUGAGGUCCGCAUGCUUGCCUACAAGGGCAACGCGUACGUUCUCGGCCGCAAGAGCGAUGCCUCCAACCUCUACUCCGAGGAGGACGCCUCCAUGGACUCUCUCGAGGGCUUCUCCCCAUGGACACCACCGGCUUCAUCGAAAUCCAGGCCAUCCGCCUCAAGAAGUACGGCCUUCAGAAGAUCAAGGAUGGCAAGCCUCUCACCGAGUCCUAAGCGACCUCGCGGGCUCGUUGCAUUUUAG